AUGGUUUGUCAACUUGAAAGAUUCUCCAUUCUUGUAAUUUUUGUUCUAAUUCUCCUGCCAAUUCUUUGUUCCUGUGAUGGACUUGGUCUUGACACGUCGAUAACUGCUAAGGCAACCUUCUAUGGAAAUGUUGGGCACUUAGUCAAUCCAAGUGGAACUUGUGGCUAUGGAGAAUAUGGAAGGACAGUCAACAGUGGCGCGUUUUGUGGCGUCUCUAAGCUAUACAACAAUGGCACUUCUUGUGGUGCAUGCUAUCAGGUGAAAUGCAAGCAUCCAGACUACUGCAAUGAAGAGGGGACAGUUGUGGUGGUAACAAACUCUGGCGAAGAGAAAACAGAUUUUAUUCUCAGCUUCAGCGCCUACGCAAAAUUAGCUAAGCCUUUAAUGGUUGCAAAGCUUAUCGCGCAGGGUGAGGUUGAAAUAGAGUAUCAAAGAGUUCCUUGUAAGUAUGCAACUGGUGCACAUCUCAUGGUUAAGGUUCAUGAGAGCAGCAACUUCCCUGAUUACUUAGCCAUAGUACUGUUAAACAUAGGUGGACUAAGCGAUAUCUCGGCUAUUGAAGUUUGGGAGCUCUGCAAGGUCCAGGAGUCCCACAAGCAAUGGAAGUCAAUGGUGAGGAUAUUUGGUGCAGUAUGGGCCAUUUCAGAUCCGCCAAAGGGAGCAUUGAAGUUCAGGUUUCAAGUGAGAGGCAGUGCAGGAGUGGUGUGGGUGCAGCCCCUCAAAUUGAUUCCUAGUGAUUGGAAGGCUGGACUUCUGAUUGACACGUUCAUUGAACUUACUUAG